AUGAAUAAUAGUGAAAAAGUCGAACUUAUUUUGAUUUUUGGUGAAUGUAACCGUAGUGCUCAACAAUCAGCUCGAGUGUACGCAGAUCGUUAUCCAGAUAAGUUUCACCCACCUCACAAUUAUGUCUGUAGACUUUUACGUGGAUUAAAUGUAAACGGUCAAUUUCCUAGUGAUCAAAAUCAACGGAGGCAGCCCAGACCAAAUAAUUUUGAUGAAGACUGA